UUUACGGAAACUCUUCGGAAACGGAAUCGAAAGCAUAUUUGCAUUUCGACUCGCGUUUAACUGCUGUGUUGUUUCGCAGGAGGGAAAACGAGAAAUAAAGACAAAAUGAGCUCAACUAAUGAGAAAUGUUACGACCCCCGCGACUCCACUCUGACGUUUGUGGACAGAGAAGAUGAAUUAGACUUUCUGUAUGAAGGGUUUAGCUCUCGGAGAGCACUGAUGUCUUGUGGCCAUGCUGUUACUCCUCCAUCUCUCACCAACUGGUGCCGUCGAUUGCUGGAAAACGGUGAAAGCAGGUUUGUAUGUGGCCAGUUUAGUUGUAAUGCAGAGUGGCCUUAUGUGGAGGUCCGGAAAAUGGCUCUCCUGACCCCUGAAGAAAGGGAGUUCUUCGAAAGAAACAUGGCUCUCAAUGCUAUCAAAUUUUACUUCGACUCCAAAGCUUGUCCUGAGUGCAAAUACUCUGUGACGAGGAAGGAUGAAUCCAGACUGAGUGUCCGAUGCCACGUUUGCACAGCAAGAAAAGGAACGGCCUAUGAAUUCUGCUGGCAGUGUCUGAAGGAAUGGAAAGGUGAUCACUCCCGAACAGACCGCUGUGAAAAUGAAGGCUGCUACAACGAGGCCCUAAAAACACUGACAACCUGUUCAGUUAUCACCUUUGAGUCUGUGGAAGGAGUCACAGGAUGUCCCUCCAUCCGGGCCUGUCCCACCUGUGGCUAUCUGCUGGAGCACAGUUCAAAAAAAUGUAAAAACAUUUUCUGUGUUCGAUGUAAGGUGGAGUUCUGUUUUGUUUGCUUGAAGAUCACGAGUGAAUGUCUGAAAACAAGUAGUCAUUUUAUAUCAUGCUCUGAUGGUGUCGCCCCCAGACAGACCUCUAUACCUGUGUGGCAGAGGACAUGAUGUGCUGAAUGCUGCAGUUUAUUUUAUAUGAAAGAUUGUCUUAGCAAAGAUGUGUCUUGCUGUUAAUUGACAUUACAUAUCUAUAUAUACAGAUAAAUAUAAAGAUAACUAUAGAUAAAUAUAGAUAUACAAUAUAAAGACAUAUAUAUCUCGUAAACGUGAUAAUCUUGUGUUUUGUUUGUCAUAAAGUGCCAAUAAAUCUGAAGCAUAACCUGUAA